AUGAGAGGCUCGCAGGCUAGGCCCCCACCUGUGUGCGAACCAGCCGAGGACACGCCUACACACCCAAAGCGAGUUUACCCCGGGCAGGGCUCUGUUGAGGCUCAGGAACUAGCAAAUGCCUUUGUUUACGUCCUGAGGCCUGAAGAUGACGGAACAUCUACUGAAAGUGAUGGAAUGGACUGUGUAUGGGAGAUUAGGGCAAAUUGUAGAGAUCAGCAGGACCCAGUUCGGAUUCGUGAAAGGAAGAGGAACUAUGGAUGCUAUGUUCACUACAAAGCAGUUACAAGAGAAAGGUGUGGAGAGAAAUUAGAAGAUCUCCUGGGAGCUUCGGAACCUUACAACUACCCGCAAGCGCUUGCGAGAAUUGUUGGCAGGUACCGGGGCGGAACAAAAGACAGCCACUCGCGGGCAGAGAUGCAAACAUGGAGCGAUCCCUGUUGUGGAUCCCUGUUGUGUGUGCUGACCUCCCUGAGCUCCUCUGAGUGCAGGCCUUCUCUCACCAGACAGCCUUGCCUCACUACCCAGUUCCCCUUCACCAACCGGCACUACCUCAAUACCAGCCAGUCCUCCCAGCCAUUGCCAGCUUUCUCUCACCAGACAGCCUUCCUUCACCAGUCAGUCCUCCCUCACCAGGCUACCUUCCCUCUCAUCAGCCAUUGCCAGCCUUCCCUCACCAGCCAGCCUUCCCUCAUCAGUCAGUCCUCUAUCACCACUUACUGCCAGUCCUCCCUCACCAGCCAGCCAUUCCUCACCAGCCAGUCUUCUCUCACUGGCCAGCCCUCCCUCACUAGCCAUUCCUCCCUCGCCAGCCAGUCUUUUCUCAUUGACCAGCCUUCCCUCCCUGGCCAGUCCUCCCUCACCAGCCAUCCCUCCUUCACCAUCCAUUCCUCCCUCAACAGCCAGUCUUCUCUCACUAGCCAGCCCUCCCUCACCAGCCAGCCUUUCCUCCCUGGCCAGCCCUCCCUCACCAACCACUCCUCCCUUACCAGCCCAGUCCUCCCUUACAAGCCAGCCUUCCCUCACUAUCCACCCCUUCCACACAAGCCACUACUGCAUCAGUCACUGCCAGCCCUCCCCCACCAGCUAGCCUUGUCUCACCAGCCACUACCAGCUUUCCCUCAACAGGAGACUAGGUUUUUGGUGAUUAACUUCAGGAAUUUGCAAAGAAAAGAAAGAUAAGUUUUAGAAUUGUCUGGUCUAACUGAUAGCUCUUUUUUUAAUUUCAAUUUUCAUUUUAUUUAUCUAUUUGAAAACUGAAUGAAGAUGAGUCAUCUAUUUUUCCUUUUUUUUUUUUGCUUGCUUACUUUCUUUACUUUUAUUGAGGUGUCUUCAUAUUCCGCUUUUUUUAAACAAUUCAGUUAUAAGAAGAAAAAGUGCAAAAGGAGAUGGAGAAUUCAAGAGUUUACAAAAGUAAAAGGGAUGGAACAAUGAAGAACAUGUAAACAUGUAAAGAGGGAUGAGAAUAAACAGCAAAUCUUGUGCAGCAAGACUGCAAGUGUACAAGUAGUGGAUGUGUUUCUGUUUAGCAUAACUCCUGAAUGUUUAAUUGCAGUCAGUUCUCCUCUAAUGCAUUCAUUUCCUUCUGCAAACCUGUUGCAUUUGAGAUAUAUUGUGUUAGAAGAACUCUUGAAAACCCUUAUUUCCUUCUGCACCCCCACCCAAAGUCCCUUUUUGAGCUCAUCAUUGCUAAGGUUUUGGCACCAAAGAUACAAUGUGGAUGGUUGACUUGUUUACCUUAAAGGCCCUCCUUAUCACUGUCUUCUUGCCAGCUUUAAUCCCAUGUUUUUUCUUCAACUUCUCUUAUUAAUGGUGAGGUGGCUGCACUUGCAAUGUGGGGGUUGAGUGUUGGGACUGUGAUAAGUGGUUGCCUAUUGCAGCAUAGAAGCAGAAGGGCCACUUAGGCCAGUGUCACACUAUGUGGCAGCACUAUUUUAGUGUAAAACAUCAUUCAAUUUGAAUGGGUGAUUUGGUAGUCUUAUUUCACUGUUACUUACAAGCAAGGCAAUGAGAGAUGGUGGUGAGGAUCUCAUACUUUAGGUUAGCAGAGUUCUAAGGGAGGAUCUCAAAGGUGAGAUCGAGUUCUGUGGGAAGAUCUAAGAGCAGGAGACUGAGUUCUAUAGAGCUCAAAGCCUCUCAUGUUGUGGCCUAUGAGAAGAUCACAGAGUUGGAGGGUAUAAUGGUAGUCCUUCAUCAGGAGAGCCACGUGCUAUGCUCUGACCUGUGUGUUCAAAGGUGACAAAGGUAAUGGAUAUGAUGAAAAGAUGAAAAGGUCAGAUGCUUUUUAUACCAUUCUUUCAAGUACAGUGAUUGUGCAUGAUGAUAGUCAAGUUAUAUACUCAGAUCAUGCAUUUUGUUCCAGGUAUAGGAAGCAAAGCAUGAAAGUUUGUUUGUCUAGGAUAGGGUAUAGGCACUGUUCCAGAUAGGCUUGAUGCUUGCUUACAGAAUGAAUGAAUGAUCCUGGAAAAGUCAAAAGGGAAAAGUUGUCUAAGUUUUAAGUGGUUUUAAUAACUUAAGGUGAGGGAUAAAGGAAAAACAAGAGGA